UGCAAAAUUUACUUUUGAGAAUAAUAAAAAGUUUAGGAAUUACUAUGAAUAUUAUAAUUCCUGUUGAACAAUUUCCAUUAGAAAGUGAUUUUGAUAUAGUAUUUAAUUUUAUAUGGAAGAGAAUUUGGAUAUUAACUGAUGGAAUAAAUAUGAAUCAUUAUAAAGGUUCGCUUAGACAUCAAAAUGUUUUUGAAAAGAUUGAAAAAUGGAUACGAUCAUAAAAAAAAAAGUUCAUAUCAAUAUAUUAUAUUAUCUAUAGUUUAUAUAUAUAUAUAUAUUCAUGUACUCAUAUUUAUCAUAGGAAUCGCGUUUGCUGGACAUGUCGUAGUUGUCGUACUCUAUAUUUCCGGCGAACCAUUGAUUUCAUUGAUUUCACGUAAAUAUUUUCUAAAAAAAUUAUUAUAUUAUUUUUUAAUUAUUUUUAAUGAUAUUUAUUUUAUACACAAUAAAAAUUAAAAAA